CGACCAAUACCAACCACUUUCUGCCAAUGACGUCAUAAUGAGCGAAGAAAAUGGCGUCAGCCCUGACUGGCUUGUGCUUUGUUAUUCUCGGUUUAAUUUUGAUACGACAAUAUCGGGUUUACACGUGGGGAAGAUGCAAAGCAAAACGCACAAUGAAAGGAAAAACUGUUGUUAUAACUGGUGCUAAUUCUGGUAUAGGUAAAGCCACGGCAAAAGAACUGGCAAAAAAGGAUGCCAGGGUAAUCUUAGCAUGCCGUGAUUUGGUCAAAGCUCAAAGUGCAGCUGAAGAAAUACGUAAGGUUACCCAGAAUGGUCAGUUGAUAUUGAAAUGUUUAGAUUUAGCGUCAUUUGCUUCGAUUCGUGAAUUCGUUGAAGAUGUUUUGCAUACCGAAACUCGUAUAGAUGUAUUAAUUAAUAAUGCUGGAAUUUUUCAAUGCCCAUACAUGAUUACCGAUGAUGGUUUAGAAAUGCAAAUGGGUGUUAAUCAUUUUGGGCAUUUUUUGUUAACUAUCUUGUUACUGGAUUUUUUGGAGAAAUCCGCGCCUAGUCGUAUUAUUGUUUUAACAUCGGCACUUUAUAAAAAAGGACAAAUUAAUUUUGACAACCUUAAUUCAGAACAGAAAUAUGAUAAGAGGGAAGCUUACAAUAAUAGCAAACUUGCUAAUAUAUUAUUUGUACGUGAAUUACAUCGACGCUUCCAUCAUAAUAAUGUUAAUGUUUACGCUGUUAGUCCGGGACACGUUUAUACUAACCUAGGAAGACAUCUUCACAUACCCUGGUAUAAAUUGUUAAUGAUGGCUCCGCUGGCUUGGUUUUUUGUUCGUACUCCGAAACAAGGCUGUCAGACGGUUCUACAUUGCGCCGUGUCGGAAGACCUGGAUAAAGAAUCUGGCAAAUAUUACCGCAAUUGUAGCGUGGAGCCAUAUAAUGAUGUAGCAAACGAUCAAGGUUUGGCUAAAAAAUUGUGGGAAGUUAGUGAAGAUGUAACAAAUACUAAGCAGCAUAAAAUGAAACUUAAAUUUUAAAAUUUUGAUAUUUGUUAAGCCAUAAGUUAGCACGUUUCCAUCUUAUUGACUUUUAAUUUGUGAUGAUCACAGUUACAAUAUAAGUUUACUGUACAUUCUGUAUGUUCUCUAUACUAAAGAACAUUUAGGUUGUGAAAUAAGAAUAGAAUGCAUUGAAUUUGUUCAAUUUUAGUUUAAUUGAACAAAAUUAUGUAAAUAUAAUCACUACCUCAUUUUUACAAUAUUUAUAUUUUGUUAAUCAAUAUUUAAUUAAAAGCUUUACAGCAUGAAGAUUUAAAAUAGAGUAUGCAACCAAAUAGAAAAGUAUGUUGAAAUCUUAUAGGUUUAUAGAUUUUAAAAAAAUGUAAUAAAAAUAUUAAAACAGAUACAUAACGUAUAUAAAAUAAGGUAGUUUGAUGUUUAGUUUAGGUUUUAUAUCUUCAAACCAUCCAAAAAUUUCAAAUGUAUUUUAAUUUUGUUAAUUAAUGUGUUUAUCAAAUAUAAUUAACAUAAAAAGUUGGUUUAUUCAAAAGGAUAAGAUUUUGGAUCUUGUUUUAAAAAAUUGUAACGUAACUACUUAAAUUAAAGCUUUGUAUUAAAUGCUAUUUGUAAUUUCUCUGAAGUUAUGCCAUCCAUAUAUUCUACAUAUUAUAUUGUUUGAAAAAGUAUCAUAAUUAUAGAGGACCAAAUUCAAAUUUUGUGAUUUUAUUGUAUAAAAUAAGAAAUUGAAUAUUUAUUAAGUAGUAGAAAUAGUUUUGUACAAAGUACAACAAUUGUUCUGUUAAAAAAGUGUUAAAUAAACUUUAUUGAAAUUUUCACUGUUUAGCAUAAUUUAAAUUAAGUUUUUAUAAUUUAAUUAUUAUAAGGUUAAAAUGUGCCUA